GGGGCGGCGGCCGUGCUGCUGGGGACGUCGGUGGCCUCGGUGGUGGCCUCGGUGUGGCUGGCGGGGGUGCUGGCCUUCAGCCUGCGGGACUUCUGCCUCGUCUGCAUCACCACCUACCUCCUCAACGGCCUCCUCCUCGCCCUCAACUGGCGCCGCUG